AUGAAACUUCAAAAGAUUCCACUUGAGAGCGGCAUCCAUCCCCUUGGUUAUUUCGACAAUAAGGUAUUCUCUAUAGCACCGUCUUCUUCCCUCAAAGCGGAAAGGGAUUGUUCUUCUUGGCCUCUGUUCACAUUAUCACAUCACUUAGUGAUAUGGUACUGUGCUCAGAAAGUGUAUCCUGGUCAGCACUUUAGAAAGUAUGCGGUGUUGGGUGAUGACGUCUGUAUAAUGGACGCCAACGUCGCCGACGCUUAUCAGCAAACCCUUGAUAGACUUGGAGUUGAGAUUUCAGUCUCAAAGUCUCUGGUCUCUCAUAGUGGUGCUGCUGAGUUUGCCAAAAGAUUUCGAGUUAAGAAUAUAACUUUUGAUUUAUCUCCAGUGUCGAUUCGAAACUUGCUCAACUCUCAUCACUUGCCUGGUACGGUGUCGCUUUUGAAUACCUAUGGUAUCAAACGAUUCUCGACGCUAGCAAGGUUGCAUUUUUCCUUCAUGCCAUUGUCGGGGAAGCUCUUACAGUUUUCGGAAAAAAUCCUCGGUUUCCUUUAA